AUGUCCUUAAAUGGACAAUUUCUUGCAGGUCAAGAGUUAUAUGAAAAAAUUGAAAAUACGAGUUUAGCUUCUUCUGAUCCAGUAUAUCAGGAAGACGUGAAGAAUGCAAUUUUACUUUUUUCCAAAUGCGCCGAAUUAGUCAGCAAACUUAAUCUCUUCAGUCCGAAUGAAACCGUGGACGAUAUUAAUUCAGUCGAUUUGAGAUUCCUUUUGGUGGAAGCGUAUCUUGGUGACUUGACAUCCAAGUUGGUUAAUGACAACCGAGUUCAGACCUUAAACACGGCAAAGAGGUAUUUUGAACAGUUUUUGCGAAACGGUGAUUUAUAUGAAAUCCUUAAAGAGGAUGCAAGUAUUCUUGAUUUUACUCUGUCGGAGACUCCUUCCGGUGUCACAGACGAAAGAUUCAUGAAGCAAGAAAUUAGCGAAAAAAGCAAAGACGCUGCAAAGAGACGUGAGGAAAAGAUUGCACGUUUCAAGCGAGAAAAAGAAACCAAAGCAAGAUUAGAGAAACUGCAGAAACAAUUGUCUUCCGUCGGAGAUGAGGAUAAAGAAGAUGUCAAUAGGGAACACGUUUUGACCCUUAUCGAUCUUUUCAUUCAAAAAUCGAUUGAACAAUUAAUUUCAAUCAAUCAGGAGAUCAAUUUAUUAAAUCAAAUGAAUGAAUUAGGGGAUCGUGCAAGACGCGACGCUUCCUCGAAGAAGGCUAAUGAUGACAGAGUUGAACAUACAAUCAAAGAUGACAGCAGCCCCUUAUUAUCAUCGGAUGGACGUAUUCUCCGUCCAUUUGUAAUUACCAACAAACGUGAGGAAAUACGACAGCAAGUAUUCCGACCCGGUUGGCGCCUUCCUACAAUGACCAUCGACGAAUAUCUUCAACAAGAGGCAGAACGGGGAAAUAUCAUUGUUGGAGGAGGUCAAAUGCCAGAGAAGAAAGUCAUCGAUGACAAUGACGAGAGCGCUAUAGAUGCAGAAACGUAUAAAGCACGAGAAUGGGACGAUUUCAAGGAUGAUAAUCCACGCGGUUGGGGAAAUAAAAUUGGUAAAGGUUAA